UGAGGUGACUCCCGUCUCACCACUUCCGUCGUGGGAGAACCGGGAGCUUCCGAACUUUGAUAGCUCUGGAAAGACGGGACAAAGAACUGUGAUGCCGAUGAAUGCCGAAUUGGAUCACUGGCGGCUGAGCACCCGGUGCUUGGAGCUUUGAAGCUUUGGGACUUGGGAGGGACCGAGACCGUACCGAACGGGAGUCAUCGUGACGGUGACUACCUAGUUUGGUUGCAUGCAUGGAGCUCUAACCCCAUGGGAAUAGCUCUACGAGCUGAAGAGGGGAAGCUCCCACUCGUAUCUGAUAUAAAGCUCCUGAUAGCUCCCCGAGUUGGUUUUCAUUUUGUAUUCCCUCACUUGCUAUACAAAUUUUACUUUCACACAGGAGUAAUCAACAGGCUAUCCCACCACCACCACCACCAGCAGCACCAACACGAAUUAAACCUAGCCCGCCUCGUCAACAACCGCCAAAAUGACGCCCUCCAAAAUCCGCAUCGCCACCGCCUCCCCCUCCACCCAAUCCACCACCCCCGAAACCCUCUCGCAAAUCACCCACCUCGCCCGCCGCGCCGCCUCCAACCAUAUCGACAUCCUCCUCCUCCCCGAGGCCUACAUCGGCGGCUACCCGCGUGGCACCAACUUUGGGUGCGUCAUGGGCUCGCGGUCGGCCGAGGGGAGGGACGAGUACCUCCGAUAUUUUCAGGUUGCCGUGGAUUUGGGGGAUAUCGUUGGGGAGGGGGGCGCGGGCGGGUUGGAGAGGUGGGUUCGGAGGGAGUUAGUUGGUGAUGAGGUUCUGGGUCAGGCCGAUGGGAAGGGUGGGGAGGACAAGGUGAAGAACAAGAGGGGGGAUGGAACAAGGGAGGAGUUGGAAAAGAUUGCGAGGGAGACGGGCGUUUUCUUGGUGACGGGGUGUAUCGAGAAGGCGGGCGGAAGUUUGUACUGUAGUGCGGUUUAUGUUUGUCCCAAGAUGGGCAUGAUUGGGAAGAGGAGGAAGGUUAUGCCUACCGCUAUCGAGCGACUAGUCUGGGCCCAAGGCUCGCCCGCCACCCUGCGCGCCGUCAGCACCGUCAUCCGCGGCGUCCGCAUCAACCUCGCCGCCGCCAUCUGCUGGGAGAACUACAUGCCCAUGCUCCGCCAGUCGCUCUACUCGCAGAACAUCAACCUCUAUCUUGCCCCGACCGCCGACGGCCGUGACACAUGGCUACCCUUGAUGAGGACCGCCGCCAUCGAAGGUCGCUGCUUCGUCGUUAGCUCCAACAUGUGUGUGCGCAAAGAUGGGGGAAAGCAACAAGUCAAGACCAACGGUGGCCCCGUUAUCUCCCAGCAACAACAAAGCGAUACCAGCGCCGUUGCCGACCCCUCUCAAUUUCACAAGAAGAUCCGCAGACAGUCUGUCUUCGACGAAGACGGUAACGAGAUCGUCUUGCCCUGCUGCGACGAGCAAGGUGAUGUCCAAGUUGAGGCGGAAGCCGAAGUCGACGACGAGGCCAUGUCCACCACCACAGCCAAGACCUCCUUGUCUUCUUCUGCUGCUCCAGCGGCUACAGCGGCUACAGCGGCUCCAGCUUCGGCUCAGCCGCUCAAGGUUGACAGUGGAAAGACGUUCAAGUCCCCUGUAAUUGAUAGGUCUACUGGUACCAAGGCGGAGGAGGAGUUUGUGUCUCGCGGUGGCUCGGCGAUUGUCUCGCCGUUUGGAGACGUGCUUGCUGGUCCGCAGUGGGAGGAUGAUGAGGGGAUUAUUUGGGCGGAUGUUGACUUCGAGGAUUGUAUCCGCGGACGGCUGGAUUUGGAUACUGCGGGGAGUUAUUCGAGAAACGACUCGUUCAAGCUUACGGUUGAAGGGCUUGACUUGUCGCCUUUACCGUACCACUGAGGAUGGUGUUGGCAACGCGGAUGUUCUGGGUGGGUUGAAAAAUGCAGACGAAGAUGCGAGACUUCUGUGUACGGAUUAGCCAAGUCGUAUUCUCCGAAUAGAAUGCGGUACCUGUCGCAUCAAAGCGUGAUACCAUUCCAUCGAACACUCGCCAAUGUCAAGCGUACCGACCCUGUACGCCGUAUUACCCGACCACUCUAGUAUCAGGAAACUCCAAGAAUAUUUUGACCCGGAGCGGUCUCUUCUUGUUCUGUAAACGAGUA